AUGGGCCCUGAAUGCAGAGGACAGGUGACAGUUAGAAAGGAAUGAAGCUAGUAUGUUCCACUGGAUGUGUAAUGUAAGUGUAUAUGUUUGACAGAGUGCUAGUGUUUUGAGAGAGAAGUUAGGCAUAAGAGAAAUUGGUUGUUGUGUGCACUAGUUUGGUCAUGUGAUGUGGAUGGAUGCAAACAGCUCCAUAAAGAAGUGCUGAUCUCUCAAAGUGGAUGGAAGAUGUGGAAGUGGGAGGCCCAGGGAGACAGGAAGUACUGAAGAAUGAUCUCAGAAGCUGAACCUUUUCAAGCUGGAUGACUAAGAACCAAGAUACCUGACACCUGGCUAUACUCAAGAAGACCUGUACCCCACAGCAGAAGUGUUCAGACCAAUCCUGCUGGUGGUGCCACAUAAAAGUGCCCAUGCAAUGUUAUGUAAAAGCACCCAGGUUGUGUCACAUAAAAGAACCCCUGCAGUGCCGCAUAAAGUGCCUGUGUGGUGCCACGUAAAAGCAUCCAGCAUCCUCUGUAAAGUGGUUGGUAUUAGGAAGGGCAUCCAGCCAUAGAAACCAUACCGACAGAUCAGACUGGUGUCUGGUGCUGCUCCCCAGCUUGCCAGCUCAUCAAACUGUCCAACCCAUGCCAGCAUGACAACAGACGUUAAUAACGAUGAUGAUAUACAUAUAUUCCUGUCACAACUCAUCCAUGACCCAACCAGAAACAACCAAAGUGUCUUGGACCUAGUGCUAAGCAACCAUGCUAACACUAUUCAUAACAUCACAGUGGAAAGAACCCUCUUGUCUGAUCAUGAUGAAGUACUCUGUAACCUCAACCUUCAGCACCCAAAAAUUUGGCAUAAAUCACUAACUCCAAUGCACCCAUUUGAUAAUAUGAAUUGGCAUAAGUCAAACUGGAGUGUGAUCACUCAAGACUUAUUGCAAGUGGACUGGUCCUUCACCCUUGCUUCCUCCAAUAAUACAAUAAACACAGACGCAUGGCAACUAUUCAAGGACACAGUUACUCACAUUUGCUCAAAACACGAACCCUCAAGACUCAUAAAUAACAGUAGAUGCAGGGUUCCAAAACAGAGAAAAGUGCUCAGAAUAAACCGAAAAAUCAAUACUCUAAAAUACCACCAUCAGCAUAACCUCCAAUCGAGAACAUUAACAACCUUGGAAUCAAAGAAGCAACAACUGCAGGACUGUAAGAGAACCUUCAUAAGUGACCAAAGAGCUACAGAAGAAGCCUGGGCUAUUAAAAACUUCAAGAAUAAUCCUAAGGUCUUUUACUCCUUUGCAAAAACAGAUAGGACAAUAGUUUCCUCUAUCGGCCCACUGGUUGACAGAAAUGGCAUCCUUCCUAGUUAUGCCAAAGAUAUGGCUGAGAUCCUGUAACGUCAAUUCUGCUCUGUCUUCAGUGACUCUGAUUUAGUUGACUCAAGCAGCUUUGCUUCUUUGAAUCCUCAACAUGUCUUCUCUAACAUAACCUGUGAUGCCACUGAUAUCCUUGCAACAGUAAAAUCAAACCUGAUUCAGCAGUGGGUCUGGGCAGGUCUCCUGCUAGAAUGCUGAAGGAAUGCAGACAGCAACUUGCAGCUCCUCUUGCAAAUCUCUGGAGGAAAUCACUGGAUGCCGGUUUUAUCCCUCAAAAUCUCUCCCAGUCAGUCUUUCCUAUCUUUAAAAAGGGGGAUAAAUCACUUCUUGUAAACUACCGUCCAAUCUCAACUCACCUCACAUAUCAAAGUAUUUGAGAGAGUGUUGAGUUCAAGAGUAACAGCCUUCCUAGAACAAAAUCAUCUCCUAAGUUGCAACCAGCAUGGCUUUCGUGGUGAGAGGGACUGCCUAGCACAGCUCCGCCACUUUGAUGACAUCUUAAAUGCACUAAGUGAGGGCUCCAAUGCAGAUGUCAUAUACCUUGAUUUCAGCAAGGCCUUUGACAGAGUCGACCACAAUAUACUGUUAAGAAAACUAUCCAACACUGGAUUCGGUGGAAAGCUACUUCAAUGGACUAGGUAUUUCCUAACAAACAGGACCCAGCAUGUUGUGGUUGAUGGCAUCCACUCAAGACCAGCAAAAGUCAUCAGUGGAAUCCCACAGGGGUACUGUGCUGGGUUCACUUCUUUUUAUUGUCUAUAUCAAUGACAUUACAGAUUCCAUUGAAGUAACCGGUUUAUUGAUUUAUUCCACUCAUCGAUUGUUUUUUGUUUUUUUUCAUUUUUGGAGAACUUAAAGCAUUCAGUGGGUCUUCACUUCUGCUCUCUCCCAUGUUCACACGCGACCAUUAAAAUAUUUGUAGAUGACUCUAAGUUCCAGAAAGUCAUUAAGGGAUCAUAUGAUCAAACGAUGCUUCAAUCGGACCUAUGCACAGUAACCCAGUGGGCACAGAAAAACAAUAUGCAAUUGAACGAAGAAGAAUUUGAGCUCAUCCACUUUGGAAAAGAGGGCACACUCAAACAACCAUAUACACUACCGUCAGACCUACUUGAACCAUCAGAUAAUAUCAGAGACUUAGGUGUAUUUGUCAACAGCAACCUUAGUGGACACAUCAGCAAUAAAGUCAAAGUUGCCCGCAGUAUGUGCUCAUGGAUCCUCAGAACUUUUCAAUCAAAGGAUCAUGAAACCAUCAUCUGAAACCAUCAGAGAGAGUGUCUGUGUGUGAGAGACAAAAGACAGAGUAUGUGUGUGCGUGUGUGAGAGAGAGAGAGUGUAUGUGUGUGGUAAAGAAUGUGUGUAUGUGUAGAUAGGAGCGACUUAACAAUGUCCAAUACUAAUUCCCCUUUUCACACAGGCACAGAGAAUGUUAUCCAUGCAUGCAUCGCACUGAGUGUGCCACGACUUAUCUUCUGCAGCACUGUAGACGUUGUUGUAGGAGAUAAAGACAUAGUUGAAGGCACAGAGGACACUGCAACCACACCAAGCUGUUUCCUUUUCCCUGGAUACCCACAAACUAAGCACGAGGCUGAAGAUUUAGUCUGUAGAGCAAAUGGUUCACACCUUGCCAACGGUGGACGCCUGUGCACCGUUUCGCUGCGUCCAAAUGUCAUGUACGGUGAAGGUGACCCGUUCCUCAUUCCUUCCGCACUUCAGUCUGCCCACAGUGCAGGUGGAUGGUCAGUCUGUGUUGGCGACGGUAAAGCCAUGUUCCAGGUAUCCUACGCAGGCAAUGUGGCCUGGGCGUUUCUAAUGGCUAACCGGACACUCCUCGACAACAAACUGACAAACGUACAAGGUCAAUGCUUCUUUGUGCCCGACGACACACCUGUGACCAGCAUCUACACAACCCUAGAACCCUAUCUUCAGGACCGUGGGUUCAAGCACAUGCCAGUAUACAUCCCAUAUUGGUUGAUCCAUGGUCUCUUGAGCAUCCGGGAUCUGUUUUUGUGGCUGAUAUCUCCCUUGGUCAAAAUCAAUACUCAACCACCCAUCUGCAGUAUCAAGUACAUCAACAUGACACUGACCUUUAAAAAUGACAAAGCAAGGACGUACUUAGGCUUCCGGCCAUUAUUCAAUGCUGAAGAGGCAUUGCAGAGAUCAAGAAAAUAUUAUAAGAAAAUAAAACUUAAUUGAACGA